AUGGAUCCCCGCAAGGUAAGCGCGCUUUGGGUCUUUGUGAAAAUGUGUAAACAAGAUCUGAGCGUCUUGCACACCAAAGAAAUGUGCUUCCUGAGGGAGUGAGUGGAGAGCAUGGAGGGUAAAGUACCACCUGCUACUCAGAAAGCUAAAUCAGAAGAAGAUUUCAAGGAAGAAAAUGCAGAUAGUAAGAAGAUGGGGAAAAACAUAAAGACAGAUGGGCCAUCAAGUGAAGAAAGUGAUUUAGAGAUUGACAAUGAAAGUGUAAUUGAGCCAGAUACUGAUAUCCCUCAAGAAAUGGGAGACAAAAAUGUAGAGAUUACUGAGGAGAUGAUGGAUCAAGCCAAAGGAAAGAAAGCAGCUGUCCUUGAUGCUCUAAAUGAUGGUAAACUAUAGAAAGCCAUUGACUUCACAGAUGCCAUCAAGCUGAAUCCUCGCUUGGCCAUUCUAUAUGCCAAGAGAGCCAGUGUCUUCAUCAAAUUACAGAAGCCAAAUGCUGCCAUUCGAGAUAGUGACAGAGCCAUUGAAAUAAAUCCUGAUUCUUCCCAGCUGUACAAGUGGUGAGGGAAAGCACACAGACUUCUGGGCCAUUGGGAAGAAGCAGCCCAUGAUCUGGCCCUUGCUUGUAAACUGGAUUAUGAUGAGGAAGAAGUGCAGUGCUUACAAGUUCAGCCAAGGGCACAGAAAACUGCUGAACAUUGGAGAAAGGAUGAGCAAAAAUGUGAAGAAUGAGAGAUCAAAGAAAGAAUAGAAAGGGUUAAGAAGGCUCAAGAAGAGCAUAAAAAAGCCCAGAGGGAGGAAGAAGGCAGAGGACAAUCCGGAGCUCAGUAUGGCUCUCUCUCCUGGUCCUUAAGCACUUUUUAA